AUGCCGAUCCUGGUGGGCAGCAGCAUGUUCCGCCGCACCAAGAGUGCCGAUGGGCGCCGCUGGUCGCUGGCCUCGCUGCCCUCCUCUGGCUAUGGCACCAACACCCCCAGCUCCACCGUCUCGCGGUGCCCCCCCAGCCCCGGGCGCUCGCCCUCGUCCCACGACAACGAGAUCGUGAUGAUGAACCACGUCUACAAGGAGCGGUUCCCCAAGGCGACAGCGCAGAUGGAGGAGCGCCUGGAGGAGUUCGUGCGGGGCUGCGGCCCCGGGGGGACACCGCUGGCCGAUGGCGCCCUCAGCUUCAUCCAGCACCAGCUGGUCGAGCUGGCGCGUGACUGCCUGGCCAAGGCGCGGCACGGCCUCAUCACCGCCGGCUACUUCUAUGAGCUGCAGGAGAACAUGGAGCGGCUGCUGCAGGACGCCUAUGAGCGCUCGGAGUCGGAGGAGGUGGCCUUCAUCACCCAGUUGGUGAAGAAACUCCUCAUCAUCAUCUCCCGCCCUGCCCGGCUGCUUGAGUGCCUGGAGUUCGACCCGGCUGAGUUCUACCAGCUGCUGACGGCGGCAGAGGGCCAGGCCCGGGAGGGGCUGCUGAAGGCCGACAUCCCCCGCUACAUCAUCGGGCAGCUGGGGCUGGCGCGGGACCCCUUCCCCGACGUGGUGCAUCUGGAGGAGCCCGACAGCGGCGGGAGCAACACACCAGAGCCUGAGGAGGGGGCUGAGGGCCGCAGCGCCGUCCCCAGGGCCAAGAAACCGCCGGGCGAAGGCGACUUUGAGACCAUCAAACUCAUCAGCAAUGGCGCCUACGGGGCGGUGUACCUGGUGCGGCACACGGCCACGCGCCAGCGCUUCGCCAUGAAGAAGAUCAACAAGCAGAACCUGCUGCUGCGCAACCAGGUGGAGCAAGCGUUCGUGGAACGCGACAUCCUCACCUUCGCCGAGAACCCCUUCGUCGUCAGCAUGUUCUGCUCCUUCCAGACCCGCCGCCACCUCUGCAUGGUCAUGGAGUAUGUCGAAGGCGGGGACUGCGCAACGCUGCUGAAGCACAUCGGGGCGCUGCCGCUGGAGCUGGCCCGGCUCUACUUCGCCGAGACCGUCCUGGCCCUUGAGUACCUGCACAACUACGGGAUCGUCCACCGCGACCUCAAGCCCGACAACCUGCUGAUCACCUCGCUGGGCCACGUGAAGCUGACGGACUUCGGGCUCUCCAAGAUGGGGCUCAUGAGCCUCACCACCAACCUCUACGAGGGCCACAUGGAGAAGGACGCCCGCGAGUUCAGUGACAAGCAGGUGUGCGGCACCCCAGAGUACAUCGCGCCGGAGGUGAUCCUGCGGCAGGGCUACGGGAAGCCAGUGGACUGGUGGGCGAUGGGCAUCGUCCUCUACGAGUUCCUGGUGGGCUGCGUCCCCUUCUUCGGGGACACCCCCGAGGAGCUCUUCGGGCAGGUCAUCUCGGACGAGAUCCUGUGGCCGGAGGGGGACGAGGCGCUGCCCCCCGACGCCCAGCACCUCAUCUCCUGCCUCCUGCAGCCAGACCCCCUGCGGCGCCUCGGCUCCGGGGGGGCGCAGGAGGUGAAGGCUCAUGACUUCUUCGCGGCGCUGGACUGGACGGGGCUGCUGCGGCAGAAAGCUGAGUUUGUGCCGCACCUGGAGUCCGAGGAGGACACCAGCUACUUUGACAUCACGCGUGUGCAAACCCCCGUGCAAAGGCUGGGGUGCGAAGGGGUGCAAGGGGGUGCCGGUGUGCAGGUGUACAGCAGCCUGGAGCAGCUCUCGCAGCAGCAGGAGCCGAAGGCGGCCAAGGGGCGUCCGCGGGACGAGGGGAGACGCGACGGCUUCGCCCGCGACCGCGGCUGGCGCACGGCCUCGCCCGAGCUGGCGGCCCCCGAGAUGGUGUCGAUGCUGAAGCGCAACUCAUGCGGGAAGGCGCUGGCCAUCGCCCGGGAGGCGCGGGACAUGCUGGGGGGGAACGGGGUCUGCGACGAGUACCACGUCAUCCGGCACCUGAUGAACCUGGAGGCUGUCAACACCUACGAAGGCACCCACGACAUCCACGCGCUGAUCCUGGGCCGAGCCAUCACCGGCAUCCAGGCCUUCGCCCCCGGCAAGCCGCCGGCACCGCGGGACUAG